AACUGCCCUAAAAAAUAACCACGUAGAAGAAAGGACAACAAUGAAGAAGUGUGUGUAAAUAUUUAAAAGAAAAAUCUUUAUUUUGGGGAGAAAUGGCUCUCUUGUUUUAAACUGCAGGAUGUUGUGUGAAGUGCUGCUGUCGUCAUUGUGGUUCCUGUUUGUCAUCUUCUGGGUGGAGACGAUAAGUCUGUGGCUGUUCAUCUCUAUGUUCUACCAGGACCGAGCCUUCUACAACUGGGAAGAUGAGGUGCUCGCAGAUGAUCCUGGUCAGAUGAUGUACACCUUGAGCAGAGUUGAUCCUCGUACACAGACCUGAGACCAAGACCCGGACCUCUGCACAAAUGUCUCAAUGCAGGGUUGCUGCAAACAUGUGAUAGAAGAGUUUUUCCCUUUACAAUUAGUGCCUUGCACAUUGUUAUUGUGUUUUCGCUUUAGGUGAUGGCAAAAUAACAGCUUGAACAAAUCAGUAACCGAGACCUCAGAGAUCUUGAACAAUGUCUGCCAUGCUCAUAUGUGCCGCAUGUUUUAAUUUUCGAUACGGGAGAAGCUAAACUCUUUGUUUGCAAAUGUGAUUGUGUGUUUAUAGUUUUCUUGUUUGAACUGCUUCAUUCUAUGCAAUUACAAGUGUUAUUCUGUGGGGAAACUGAGCUUAAAUUUUAUGGCACCAGAAUAAACAGGGGGCCCUGUCUUCUACCUGGGGCAACGCAAGUGUCAUUAGUAGUAUUGACCUAGGGGUUUUGUUAUUUUUUUCCUUUUACACAGCGCAAUAUUCAUUUGCAUCUUGAUCUCCUCAUCACUUCAGCAGGGUGUGUUCCACAGUCACAUGGAGCUGUUGUUGGCUCAGAGGAUCGAGAGGCGGCGGCGGCGGCAGAGGGUCCACCGGCCAUGGACCACCUACUUGUCCUUAUCGGAGGCUGAAUGCCGCAGUAAGCUGCAGUUAUCCCGACAGGCUGUAACAUACUUGUGCCAUCUUCUCGCAGAUGAUUUGGAGGCCACUCCCAGCUGUCCAUACGCUCUGCCCGUUGCUGUCAAAGUAACGGCUGCGCUGUAUUUCUUUGCCACCGGUUCCUUCCAGCAUCCCCUUAGUUCUAUUGGAGGUAUGUCACAGUCUACCGUCAGUUUGGCCAUACGCGCAGUUACAGUUAGCCUAGUUGCACAUGCGAAGAACUUCAUCAAAUUCCCUGUAUCCCCUGCCAGCCAAGAAGCAGUUAAGCAGGAGUUCAUGGCUAAAUUUGGGUUCCCUGGAGUGCUGGGUGUGAUAGAUUGCACGCACGUGCAACUGCGCGGCCCAUCAGAGAACGCGCUGGUGUACGUGAAUCGUAAGGGGACCCAUUCCAUAAACAUCCAGGUGAUUAGCGAUGCGUCAUGUAAUGUCACGUACGUCUUUGCAAACUAUCCUGCAUCGUGCCACGACUCCUUCAUACUAACCAAGUCUGCCAUUCCUGCAGUGUUCCAGGGGAACCCGCACGUUGAAGGGUGGCUGUUAGGCGACAGUGACUAUCCGUUAAAGACUUGGCUAAUGACACCGUAUCUUAAGCCAGCAACGGUGCGCAAUAUUUCCUUCAAUCGUAAACAUGCGAAAGCACACGCUGUCAUAAGGAGAACGCUUGGAAUGCUGAAAAUGCGUUUUCAGUGUUUGAGAAAGACGGCCGGAACGUUGCAGUACAGCCCUCGGAAGGUGGGGUCGUUCUUCGUGGCGUGUUGUGUGUUGCACAACAUCGCCAUGCGUCAUGGAUGCCUCCUGGACAUAAAUGAAGACAACAUAGAGGACUUAAGAAGGUGGGAUGCUGAACUGCAGGUGCAGAUGCCAGUGAACUCCAAUUUUCCGGUAGAAGCUGUGGCACAAAGAGAUGAGCUAGCAGAGGAGCUGCUUCAGCUGUAGCCUGAUUAGCACGUUGACUUUGUGAAGGGAUUUCAGUGUUUAGGUACGCUUUAGUUUGGAUGCGUGUUCAGCCGCUUCUGUGGUCGCCAUCUCAGUAGCAACGGAUCAACUGGUAGUGAUGACAGGUGCCACUGUGAUUCAUUAGUUCAUCAUGCCCAAACCACACCUGUAUCGAAUUAAGUGGCAACACCUUUGUCAGCCUGUAGUGAUAACAUGAGCUUGGACACGCCCCAAAUUAACCCACGCUACAGAUUGUCAAGAUAGGGCACUGAGUGUCCUGUUGCACAGGAACUGAGUGCAGCAACUUGGCGCUGCACCUGGCAAGAGAAGGGAAGCAUAGAGUGGCGAGUCAUCAUCAUCAUCGUCCUCUGAGCUAUCUUGGUUAUUACAGGAUAGAGACAGACCAGGAAGUGAUGUCAUGAACACAGCCAAAAGUGCAGACAGUGACUUGAGCACAUUUUCUGCUCGUUUUACUCAUUUUGUUUUACAGCAGAUCAGUAGCACAUCGUGUGGACACUGUUAGGUUACAUUAAAAAAAGGGGGGGGGGGGGGGCACUCGGUAACAGUAGACGGGUCCUUAAGCCCAGCCGCUUAUUUCCAUAUUAAUACUUGGAAAGUGUGUUUUAGGUCAACUGGAUUUUUGUGUGAACCUGAUAUAAAAUGUUGAAAAUACAAAAAUGUUAAUUGCAGUGACGCAGAACCUUGGACAGGGCUGGGGGGGGGGGGGGGGGGGGGGGCUGCAGGAAUCAUUGUCUCCAUCCGUCUAUGAACUUUGUUAAUGCAACUCUAAAACCGCGAGGUGAUUUAAUUGAAUGGUUUGCUUUUAAAUAUCACUUUUCCAUCAGAAUCAGAAGCUCAGUGCGUUAACUGCACACAUUGAAGUCAUUUUUGUGGACUGAUGGGGGAUUUGAACCAAGAAUCCUCUGCUCUCAAGCCCUAACACUUUAACCACUCAACUUCACACAGUGGCAGAACGUCAUGUGAAGGUGUACACAAGUCCAGUCUGAUGUUCAAAGGUACAUCAGACUGUACAUCAGUUUUGUGUGUGUGU